CAGGCUGCCUCCACAAUGCUGCGUGUGAUCAGUGACUGAAUGGGCAGCCUGGGGGAAACCUUUCCAGAGGAGACUGGCUUAGCAAGCGUGGGACUUCCUUUUGGCUUCUUUUGAUAAUGAAGAGAGAAAACGGUUUUGCUUUUAACUAUGGCUUCUCAGGAAGAGGCACAAGAGACAAAUCCCACUACUGGAAGUCUUGAAAUCAUCUCUGUUACAGAAGAUGAACCUCCAGUACCAGAAAUUCACUUUUCCUUCAAAAGAUUUUUCAGCAUACAAGUGAGAGUUGACCCCAGUGCAGAUGGCUCUGGAGAUAUCGAGCCACCUUCGAUGUGCCAUGUUUUAAUCUCCCCCAAAUACCUUCCAUAUGUCUGUGUUAUAUUCCUUGUAGUAAUCCUAGCAGUUGCCAUUGGCCUGGGUGUCCAAUACAACUGCAUUGGGAAGUUUCGCUGCCGGUCAUCCUUUAAGUGUAUCCAAAAGUCAGCCAGGUGCAAUGGUGUCUUCAACUGUAAAGAAGGAGAGGAUGAGUACGGAUGUGUCAGGCUGAGUGGCAAGAGGGCAGUGCUACAGGUGUUCACCUCUGGAUCCUGGCGAACCGUCUGCUCGGAUGACUGGAAAGCAGAGUAUGGAAAUACUACCUGCAAACACCUGGGUUUCUCAAGUUAUGUGAGUUCAGGUUACCUGCCGGUGACUGCAGUCGAAAAACAGUUUCAAAGACAUUUUGUAUCCCUCGGCCACUGGUUAUCAGCUGAUCAAGUGACAUCCCUGCACAACGCAACAAACCUGAGAGAGGAAUGCACUUCUGGCAACGUAAUCAUCUUAAAAUGUUUGGCAUGUGGGACGCGGGCCAGCUAUGGGCCGCGGAUCGUGGGAGGAAACGCGUCCUCCCCACGUCAGUGGCCCUGGCAGGUCAGCCUGCAAUUUCACGGGCACCACCUCUGCGGAGGGUCCGUCAUCACCCCACGAUGGAUCAUCACGGCUGCCCACUGCGUCUACGACCUGUACUUGCCAAGCUCAUGGAGCGUGCAAGUUGGUUUUGUGACUCAGCAAGACACCCAGGUUCACCCAUAUUCAGUGGAAAAAAUUAUCUACCAUCGAAAUUAUAAACCCAAGACAAUGGGAAAUGAUAUAGCACUGAUGAAACUGGCAGCACCACUUGCUCUCAACGGUCACAUAGAACCAAUUUGUCUGCCUAAUUUUGGUGAACAGUUCCCAGAAGGGAAAAUGUGUUGGGUAUCAGGAUGGGGAGCAACUGUUGAAGGAGGUGAUACAUCCGACACAAUGAAUUAUGCAGGUGUUCCCUUGAUUUCUAACGCAAUUUGCAAUCACAGGGACGUCUACGGUGGGAUCAUAACUCCUUCAAUGCUUUGUGCCGGUUUCCUAAAGGGAGGGGUAGAUACCUGCCAGGGAGAUAGUGGGGGCCCUUUAGCGUGUGAAGAUAUGAGCAUCUGGAAGUUGGUGGGGACCACCAGCUUUGGAGUGGGCUGUGCAGAAGAGAACAAGCCAGGUGUCUACAGCCGAACCACCUCCUUCCUGGACUGGAUACACGAGCAGAUGGAGAGAGAAGAGCUGCAGACCUGAAGGGAGUGGUGGCUGGCUGGGCUUCUGAACACCCACAUCAAGAUGCAGCCCCACAGAAGGACCUACUGCACUCUUCUGGAUGUCUGUUCUGAGCUUUGUACCUUCAUGGACUUCUUUUUACUAUUUCUUUGUGGUACUGGUAACUAUACUUAAUGAAAACUGAUGCACUUUUGGAUGGAAGAGGCGGAUUCAUUCUGCAUGAUGGACACAAGCAUUUUCUGUCAUCUACUAAUUUCACACAGAAGAAGUGCUAAGACUGAUAACCCAGAAUGCUGCAAUUAAGUUUUGCAAGCACCACGGGUAAAAGACUACAGGAACUUCAGAUCAGGUUGCUUGUUACUAUUUUGGUACUUCCCUUCCAAGAACCA